CAUCACAACAUGAUAGUGGUAAUUGAAGAAUGCAUCAUUUUUUGUCAGAUUUAGUUGAAAUUUAUUCUAAUAAUGUCUUUAUAUAAAAAAAUAAGUAAAAAUGUUUUCAACGACUCUUUUAGAGAAUUGAAAAGAAUUAAACAGUAACUGUACCUUACCAAUUUUGAUAAACUCAAUGGAUCUGUAUUUUUGGCCAGAAAUUAAAAUGAAUUAUGCUGUAUACUCAUAUUUAUCAAUAACCAAUCAAUGGUAAUUCGUAUUAAAAUUCCACUUCAUUUUCGAGAUAUUAUCUUCUUUUUAUACUUUUCAUAUUAAUAAAGCAUUAUUAAUAAACACUUGUAGAAAUAUUUAAUCAAUCGUAAUCAUGGAGUUAUUAUCGGAGUAUUUGGAGAGCUACGAAGGACGUGAUAAAUUUAUUGGAAUUUUAUCAUACACUGCAAAAUUAGCUACAAUUUUACCACUAUCUGAUAGUACUAUGAACAAAAAAUUAAGGAUAUUUGGAAGGCAAAUGAGUAACUGUCGAGUUAUUUAUCGACUCCUUGAUGACAUUCCUGCACUGCAUUAUGCUAUAAAAUAUGGCUGGGGAGAAAAGGAAUCUGAUCGAGUUAUCCGAUGGCUAGAAUUGUUGUCAAGAUGGACUGAUGUUAUCAGUUCACCAGUAGAAACAAUUAGCUGGCUAGGAGAACACAAGUUAAUUUCAGUAAAUGAUGAUAAGUGGGAUAAUAUUUCAACAUGGUUGUGGAUUAUUUCAAUCAAUCUAACAUUAUUGAAAUCUCUGAGACAUUAUUCAAAACUAGUGCAUUAUAAAAAUAAAAAAGUCGAUAAAGAAUCUUCUUCUGUAAAGAAAUACAAUUGUAUGAUAAAAAAUGAACUUAUAAAAUGCACUCGAUCAGUGUUAGAUUUAAGCUAUGCAGUAAAUUACUUACCGAAAGGAACUCUCUGGGGUGGUCAACUGUUAACUUGGCAAGUUGGAGCACUGGGCGUAUUGUCUUCUUCUAUUGGAUUAUAUCAAACAUUGAGUCGACGAGCAUCACGUAAAAGUACCUGAUUAAUUUGUAAAUAUGUACAGUACAGUAUUUGAAAUAUAUGAAAAAUUAUAAAGGUAAUUUUUAUACACAAA